AUGUUGUCAGUUGGAGGUUCUAUCUUCUACCGUCCUAAGGACAAACAGGUGCACGCUGACAAUGCAAGAAUGAAUUUUCACACUGGAAAUGUCGGUGACCACAUUGCUUUGCUAAAGGUUUACAGCUCAUGGAAGGAAACAAACUACUCUACACAGUGGUGCUAUGAGAACUACAUUCAGGUACGGAGCAUGAAAAGAGCCAGAGAUAUUCGUGACCAGUUAGAAGGACUUCUCGAGAGAGUGGAAAUAGAAAUCAGCUCAAACCAGAACGAAUUGGAUUCCGUUAGGAAGUCCAUUGUAGCUGGUUUUUUCCCGCACACUGCGAAGCUGCAGAAGAAUGGGUCAUAUAGAACUGUGAAGCAUCCCCAGACAGUGCACAUACAUCCCAAUUCAGGCUUAUCUCAGGUGUUGCCAAGAUGGGUUGUAUAUCAUGAACUAGUGCUUACCUCCAAAGAAUAUAUGCGACAGGUGACGGAGUUGAAACCAGAGUGGUUGAUUGAGCUAGCUCCUCACUACUACCAGCGCAAGGACGUUGAGGAUGAUGCAUCAAAGAAAAUGCCGAAAGGUGCUGGUAAAGCUGCGAUCUAAGAACUCAGACUGGAAACAAAUGUGGCAGAUUGCUAGAAGAGCUCUUUUUUUUACUACAUUAGUUUUUUUUUUGGUCAGAGCCUUUUGUUAGAAAAUAAUUACAAUGUUAUGAAUAGUCCAAAUCAGUGACCACUUGUUCUUCACUAACUCUUGGCAUCUCAAACACGUGAUACAAAUCUCCACCUAAUUAUCAUAUAAAGCAAACACUGGUUUUCUAC